UUUUUGGUACCUCCUUUUGAUGCACCAGAGACAGACACUGCGCAGCACACAAGAAAUGAUAACAUGGCGACCACUACGUUCCACACGACAAGGAGCGAAGAGGAGAUAGGGGAAAAGGUUGAUAAAUGUCUUACUGAUGGGCUCAUUAAAGCAGGUGCUGGAGGUGCAUUAGGAGCAGUUUUUUCAAUUUUGCUUUUCAAAAGGAAAGGCUGGCCUGUAGCAUUUGGUGUUGGAACUGGCUUGGGAAUGGCUGUUUCUAACUGUCAGCACCAGUUCAAACAACUGCUUCCAACUGUAUCAUUGGGAAAAGGUGAAAAUGUAGAAGUAACUGAAAAUUAGAAAAUCAUCAUUGUGUGGAAUCUACUUUGAACUGAAAGCUGAUUGUGAAUGUCUGCUUGAACCCUGUAAAUGUUUGCUCGCACCUUUGAAUAUGUAAAGUGUUGAAGUGUUUUCAAUGAUUUAGAUAGUGAAUUGUAACUCUGGUGGCUGCAAGUGAGUCGGAUAUUCCCAAUGUCAUCAUAUAUUUCAUUUGCAUUUAUCUGAAUUGAAAUAUUGUUUAUCAGUUUAAUUUCAAUUGUAGAUAAGAGAAGUCUACUUUUUUAGCAGUAUGAUAUUUUCAAAGGUUCA